AUGGCCAGCCUGGAGUGUCCCAAGGGCCCUGACAUCCUGGUGGUCCUGCUUUCAGUGAUGGGAGCCAUUCUGCUCAUCGGCCUUGCCACUCUGCUCAUCUGGAAGCUCCUCAUCACCAUCCAUGACCGAAAAGAGUUUGCUAAAUUUGAGGAAGAACGAGCCAGAGCAAAAUGGGACACAGCCAACAACCCACUGUAUAAGGAGGCCACGUCCACCUUCACCAACAUCACCUACCGGGGCACUUAAUGACCUGCAGUCACCACCGUCAGAUCAUUAUCAGACUGUGCCGGGAUUGUGGGAGUCUCUGCUGUCAUGUUUACAGAGGACAGUAUUUGUGGGGUGGGAUUUGGGGCUUGGAGUAGGGUGGGUUGGGAGAACAUCAGCAUGUGGAAGUGUGGGUCUCUGUGUGUGUGUGUGUGUGUGUGUGCGUGUUGCGUGUGAGGGAAUGUGUAUAAUUUAAAACUUGUGAUGUGUCCUAAUAAGCAGAGCUCCUCGGCCUUUGUCCUCAGAAUGCCUCCU